AUGGCGUCGCUGCCGGUGAGCCCGGUCUCGUCGCUGUCGCCGACUCACUCCUUGCCAAGUGUGAAGGACCUGGAAGCGGGUUAUGUCACUAGAACAAAGGUUGUGAUGAAGGAUGAAGGCGUGCAAGUGACCAUGACGGAGUUAUCGCAGGCCCCACGUCGAAAGCCACUUCCUCAAUCGGCUUUUGGGUCUAUAGAGCAUCAAGAGAAUGCCGCAUGGUCUACGAAGAAGUAUCCAUUUUCUGCGUUUUCGGUCGCGAUGCUGACCGAGAAAUUGAAAUUUGGUGGUAAUAAGAAGAAGCAGCGAAUGUUCAUCCUUGGUGUUAUUGCUGCUAUCGUGCUCUUAGCCUUGGUUAUUGGCUUAUCAGUGGGAUUGACACUGAGAAAGAAAACCUCAAACCUCCCUCUCCCCCUGAACAAUGGCGGUCCCUACUCCGGGGACUUGACGUACUACGAGCCGGGCCUAGGAUCUUGCGGUAUAACCAGUAGUAGCUCUGAGAAUAUCUGCGCCGUAUCAAGGAUACUUUACGACGCGGCCAGUACCGGGUCGAAUCCCAAUGAAAACCCCCUUUGCGGGUUGAAACUUCGCCUGAAAAGGGGCGAUAAGAGCGUUGAUGUCACGGUUGUUGACAGAUACAAGGCCCCCGUCAACGUUCCGCAAAAUUAG